CAUGGCGUAUCUGACGUCCAAAUUGUUAAACAUUUCGUGCAGUUAUUAUUACGAAUAUAUAAGUUGAAUCAGGACGGUUUCUGUGUUAAACAAUGUGUUUCGGAAGGACUGUUACUAACAAAACUGGUAGACGGUGAAUUAAUUAAGAUCUCACAGAAAAUUUAUGAAAAAGAUGGCUGCUGUUGAUUCGGCAGAAAAAGAGGCAAGCGAAGUGUUACAUACACUGUUGUCUGUAGAGAGGAUAGAGAAACAAGAAGAAAAUGGAGAAAACCAGUCACCGUCUUCGCACUCUUUCCAAUCGAACCCGACAGGUGGUAGCGAUGGACAAGAAGGAGACUCCCAAAUACAAUGGCACACACCUGUAUCGAUAUCGCAUUCAUUAUUUUCUGCAAUUGAUCCAAGCAGCCACUUUUCUCAGGCCAUGGACGAUCAGCAGGUAGUUAUAUGGGAGGGUCAUGCGAUAGUUGACCCAGAAACAAACAUAAACACGAUCUACACGGGUCACCCCAUCGUAGAAGAAUCGGAAACCGGAGAAGAGUCACCGAAAAGGCAGAACAUUGCACCAAAUGGGAAAUCAAAAACUCCGCCAAAGAACACGAAGAAAAAAGUCCCAGUUAAAAAAAAGAAAAAAGCCAACGAAAGUAAUCCUGCGAAUGAUCCAACGAAAUUAGAAGAAAGUGCUGCUCAAGUGAAAGACAGGUUUAAAAGAGGAUGCGAGUGCCAAGACGAAAGUUGCUUCCGAGGAUUAAAUCCGGAAAGUGUAUAUAAACACAGACUUAACAUUGCUGAACUUACGAAAAGUGAACACGAUAUGUAUUUAAUGGGAGUUACGAUGGCUUGCCUUGCGAAUCCAGAUACGACUGUACGCCAUAAGGAACGGCGCAGGCUUAGAGCACAGUACGUUUAUCAAGGAAGGCGAGUAUGUUUAGACGCUUUCCUUUACUUAGAGAACUGUACCCACUAUCAGCUGAAGCGGAUACGAAAACAUGUCAUGACGCACGGCGUUGCACCUAGAGUUCAUGGGAACUACGGCAAAAAACCACACAAUACGUUUUCCCUCGAUAUUUAUCGACACGCAACAGAAUUUUUGAAGCAGUACCUUGAACAACACACAGGAGAGAGGGACAUUGUAAAUACUAAACAACCCAUUCAGCUGCCAUGGGAUGUUACACGGAAAAACUUACACGACGCAUAUAAGGAGUAUGGCCAAAUCCUGGAACCUGGUAUAAAACUUAUGGGAUAUUCUACGUUUCGGCACUUCAUGAAAGAACAAUUUCCGCAUGUGAAAUUCUGUAAAGUCGAACCGAAGUCAUGCACGCAUCAGACUGCUCCACAACAACAGCAAAUUCAACAACAGAACCAGCAAAUACAGACCGUCGAACGUGUUAGGGAGCAGCAGGUACCGCAAGUCCAAAAAUGCGUUAUUAAUAACGAAGUCCAACAGGUAAUACCGUUAGUAGUGGCGCCACCAAACGAUAAUACGGCAACGCAACACCACCAACAGACUUUUCUCGUGACACCUGUACCUCAGUUACUGCCUAACGGGAAUAUCGUCACCCCGCAGAAUCCAACAAAUCAUACGGCUACGAAUACAUUUUCGUAUCAGUUAACAAACACUGGUUACGUUAUUAACGAACAGGGGAAUAUAGUUACUACAAUGGCUAAUGCUCAGCAUCACACCCCAUAUACUUUUGGUAGAAUGUAACUAGCAGGCAGUUACUUGUUUUUCUAGGUUGUGAUAAGCUCAUAUUUACUUUUUUUUAUAUUUAUUGUGUUUAUUUAUUUAUUUUUUUAUAACUUCGAUUAAAUAUUGUACCGACUAUUCGAUAUUAUAAUGUUCAGGAAAUAAGUUGAGUUUUAUGGUUUGAAAACCUUUUUUCCGAGUUAAAAAUUCAGUUUUAUUUUUUUUUUUUUUGUAUAGGAAUAAACAAAUUAAAAUUACAUUCAUUAUCAAAAUUCUAUCGUCA